UACAAUAUUGCCCACAGCAGACUGCUCGGCAUUACAGACGGCUGGCGGCGGAGGAGGCGGUGGUAACCUGUUUUCCGACUCUACCUUUCAGUUUUCCUGCCAACAUCAAGUACCUUUGGAUCAACUUCGUGGAGAAACUUUGUGAGCCUUAUUGGCAUCUUCUCUGACAAGCAAACACUCAAAGUGAAUAAGACUUCUCUUGGAGCCCUUAUUUGAACACCAUCUUAAGCAUAUUUGAAGUGUUAUCACAGUCUUGAGGAAGUACACAACCAUCUGUUGCCUGGAUAUUUCUGUUUGAAAUAUGGCAAAGAAAAACCAGAAGGACACGUCAGGGGUGGUGUUUGACACUCGGUCAAAAAUGGCCAUGUCCCAGGGAGGAACAGCUGAGAGGAUGAAGGAGAAGAUCAGUGCCGUCAGAGCAGUUGUCCCCAACAAAAGUAACAAUGAGAUUGUACUGGUCUUGCAGCAUUUUGAGAACUGCGUUGACAAGGCCGUCCAAGCUUUCUUAGAAGGCAGUGCAGUUGAGAUCCUGAAGGAGUGGAAUGUUACCGGCAAAAAGAAGCCCAAGAAGAAAAAGAAGCCCAAACCUCAGCCAGAGGCUGCAGCAGAGCCUGCUCCACCUGAGGCCACACCGCCUGAGGAGGGCAAGGAGGAGGUGAACGGCUUUCAUGCCAACGGCUCAGUCCUGGAUGGAGAGUCACUUGAUUCUCUGAGUGAACAGUUGGACUCCGCCUCCCUGGAUGCAGCUGAGCUGGACUCUGAACCCGCUACAUCAGAAACCACCGGUGCAGAGGCAGAAAGUCAAGGUAGCGCUCCGAGUCCCCCCUUACAGAAAGGAGGGAGGAAUCAACAGGGUCCUAGAGGCAACAAGAACCGACACAGGACAGGCUCAACUUCACAUCCACAUCCACCCUCUUCCCCAUUUCCACCCACCACUGAUGAGCAAGGGUCAUCGGGAGUCAAGAAGAUGGCUCCCAACAUUGACCGCUCUGUGAAGGACCUGCAGAGAUGCACCGUCUCACUGACUCGCUACAGGAUAGUGGUGAAGGAGGAGAUGGACUCCUCAAUCAAAAGGAUGAAGCAUACGUUUGCUGAGCUCCAGAGCUGUUUAAUGGACAGAGAAGUGACUCUACUGGGAGAAAUGGACAAAGUGAAAGCAGAGGCCUUGUUAAUUUUGGACGCCCGGCAGAAGAGAGCGGAGGAGCUCAGAAGGUUGACUGACCAGUCGGCAUCCAUGUCUGAGGAGCAGUUAGGUGAACUGCGUGCAGACAUCAAGCACUUUGUGAGUGAGCGCAAAUAUGAUGAAGACCUCGGGAGGGCUUUAAGAUUUACGUUUGAUCUUGAACCACUGAAGACAAGCAUCACAGGGUUUGGAUCAGUUUACCAUCCACGUACAGGUUAUUCAAAUCGGUCCCGUUGUAGCUCCACGUCCUCUUCUGUCACCAGCCCAAGUCUGCUGGAAACUCCUCCUCCUCCUCCCACCCAGACCCAAAGCUCCCUCGGUGAACACCACCGCCCUCCACCAAACAAACAGAUUUUCCAAGGCAACAGGCGUACUUUCCAGGGACAAGGAUAUCACUCAGGUGGUCAGAGGUAUAACGGCAGUUCCUACAAUGAGAGAAACGCCGGUCGUCCUAACCACCGCUACCAGAGUGACGGGGGUUCUUCUGGUCCUUCCCAGCACUCAAAUAGCUCAAGAGGUCCCCACCAUUCCUCUACAUCCUCCCACAACCGCACACAAGGGGCAACAACUGACCGACCUUCUAAUAACGGGCUGCCCCAAAGGCCUCCACGGACGCAAUGCCCUUGACAUUGGAAAUCCUGUGCUUAAUCAAACCCAUCUACUAACCCUUGCAUCCCCCUCCCAAUACCCUCCCCAUACCCUCAUCACUCUCCCCUCUACUAACUCCUUACAAUGAAGAAUAGAAUACAAGUUUACAUAUUUCCGUUAGUUGAGCUGUAAUGCCACCUCUCUAAAUCUAUCCAUUCAUCCUUCAAACUUGAAAAGCUCUCACUGUUCUGUAUUCGUUCUUCCUUUUGCAUUUCUCCCUUCCUGGCUAAGGUAACAGCUUCUAUCUUUAGGCCCUCUUUGAGAGAUCUCAUUGCUAUGCUAUUGUCAGUCUCUGUUACGGAUGUUUUGCCAGAGACUGACUCGAUUACCUGCAACAAUUUGUGCACUAUUGAACCUGAACUCUUAGUACUUCUGUUUUUGCUGUGGCUUAUGUCAUCUCUCUGAUUAGCACCUCUGUUUUGUUUUUUUGUUCUUGUCACCCAGAACCAUUUCAAUACCUUCACGAUGGAAAGCGAAGUGAAAGUACGAAAGUAGUUCUAGCAGUAACAGAGGUUUUUGUCAUCAGGAGAGUAGACAUGCAAUCAACACUACAGACUAUCGUUAAUCUUUACAAGGUUAGAAAAAUGAAACAUAUCAAACUGUAAUCCAGAGCUUUUCAUAUGGCUGCUAUAAACCAUAGGGAACUCAUUAACACUAGGAUUUAAAUGUGUUUGAGUUUAACUCCGAGGACACAGAGGAUGCCCUUUUUAAAGCAAUAGUUUGACAUUUGAGAAAUGACUCAUUCUCUUUCUUGCCAAGAGUUGGAUAAGUAGAUGGAUACCAGUCUCAUAUUUGACCACUAAAUUUGAAACUAGCACCAGCACACGGUUAACUUAGCUUAGCACAAAGACUGAAAGCGGUUAGAAACGGCUUUGUUUCCUGUCCGAAUGUCAUAAAAUCCAAAUUUCACAAUUUAACACUUUCUAUCUUGUUAGUUUUUUUUUUUUUUAUAAGUGUAAAAACUACAAGUUGCGGUUUUAUAGGGUUUAUGUGCCGGGCAGAGCAAAGCUAGCUGUUUCCUUUGUUUCCAGUCUUUAUGCUAUGCUAAGCUAAUCUGAUCAGCUGUUAGCUGUAGCUUCAUAUUUACCGUACUGACACGAGAUUGUUAUCAAACUUAUCCAACUAUCUGCAAGAAAACAAAAAUGCACAUUUCCCAAAAUGUCAAGCUUUUGCUUUAAAUAUUGGCUAAGACUGCAAUGUAUCGCCCUCCGAAAGGCCAUCUGUGUGAUUGUGUGCUGUUGUUGGCUUUCUGUCCAUUAUUUUGUAAGCGAGGGCUCAACCUGCUGUUGAAAAACAUGUUAGAACUCACAUCAAAGGAGACUGUUCACAUGCUGUUCUAUAUUUAGUCCUUGACAUUCAUUCAGAUGAAUUUUCUUCCACACGCACCGUUUCUUCUUUAUGUUGUUAAAUGCACAUGGAUGGCAUAUUAAUGACAUGCUUGCCUUUAGUCACAGAGAGACUUCACCUUUGCCUUUCUAGAGACAUGGAUGUCUGCAUCAUGGCGGCUUUUUAGCAGAUGGUACUUGUAGAGCGGGUGUGCGAUUUAUAAAUAUGUGUGAGAAUAAGAUCUUCUCUUCCCCUUUUUUUAUAUUCUCACUUUAUCCCCUGUGUGAACAUAGAACUGAUCAAAAACUGAUGAAUGCAUUGGAAGGUUGUAUUGAUUUCACAGAUAUUUCUUUUUCUAUGGCUGCCAAGAUGCUUUGAGGCUGUUUUGUUGAGGUUAAUUCUCAUGGUAGUGCCCACAGCUGGUGUAUACCUCAUUGCUGAUGUUUGGGCCUGUUUUCAAUCGGUUUUGUCGCAGUGGGCUCUUAUUUAAGGGACAGGGACCCCUGGUGUUUGCGCAUCUCUUAUCUUCUUGUAGUUUUGUACAUACAGUAAGUGGAGCUGCAAGGCUGUAGUCUCAGACUGGUUGUUACAUAAUUGCUGCAUUUUCUUCAUAAUGUGUCGUCUUCCUUCGAGCAGACUUUUGGAAAAAAAAUGAAUUUAUAAUAGGUUCUCUCUCCCCCCCUUUUUUUGUUUCUUUGUGGUUUUCUGAUCAAAGAGAUAUUUUUCUUCAUAUUUGAGAUUAAGUCUUUACUUCAGUUAUUAUUUUACUUAAUGUUGGGGAGAGAAGAGCGUUAACUUUUUUGAGAUCGUUGGUAAAUAUGUGCUGUAAUGACAACAGGAAUAGUAUAUUUUUUGAAAUACGCUCAUUUCGUUUCUUACCGUUUGUUAACACUUAUGAUAAAGCAUACAUCUCAUCUUUGUGUCGCUUGUAGAAGUGUGUGUUUCAGUUUAGUUUGGGCUCAUUGUUGCCCCUUGUGUGCGUUGGGGGAAAAAAACCACCUGUGGUUCUCAUCAACAGUGGUUGCAGUGGAUCAGGGCGCAGUAAUGAGCCAAUGCAACUAAAAAAACUUACUUUGACAAGCAACAGAAAGGAGAAAUGUAUGCUUUAUCGAAAGUGUUUUCCAACAGUAAAUGGUUUAACAGUAGCAAAGACUUCAAUAAUGAAGAAUAACUGGUUGCUUUGGCAAAUGUUUAGGCUGUCUCCCACUCAGACAGUCCUGAACGGGGCUAAAAACUGCUUUGUUUCCUCUCCUCGUGACAAAAAAACACUUAACAGCCCUGGUGAGCUUAAAAGGGGCUGCUAGGUGGAUUGUGUUUUGUUUGUUGGACAAAGCUUAGCUACCUGUUUUAUUAUCACUCAGUAAUGUAGUGAAAACGUGUAUUUCCUAAAAUGUCAAACUUUUCCUUAAAUGCUUUCAGAGUUGGUAAAGACUUUUUUGACUGGUGUUUUGGGGGACUGCAGGACAAAUGAUAAACAAAUCAGCUUUUAUUCCACACAUCUCCAGUGUGCACUGGAGGUGCUGGAUUCGUUCAAUCAAGGCUCAAAGAGUAGAUUUAGUCUGCCUCACUUUAUCCACUUUUUUUGUUUUACAUUCCAAACUGUAGUAAUAUUAGGUUAUCACCAAAGAUCAUUUUGUCCUGUUUUCAAGUUCCUGCCUUUUUUCUUUCCUCUGCCUGUAAAGAAUUCCAAAGGGGAUUAAUCCAACACUUCUCAUUUUCUUCUUCUUCUUCUUCUUCUUCUACUUAUUCCCACUCUACUUUAUUUUCUGAUUCCUUACUGUAUAUACAUUUAUGUAGCUAUAUAAUUUUGUGCUCACAUGGGGCAUUUUGUAUGUGAUAUUCAUAUUAGGCAUAAUGGAAGUUAAAACAUUUAGUUCAUUCUUUCUUCCAGUAGACCUUGUGUCGUCCUUCUCAAGACAACGUUUCUGAGACAACUGUAAACUCAAGUGCCUUUUCUUGUCUCCCACCGAUUCAUUGACUUCCCCUCCACCAGAGAAUGGACCAAAGACAUCGACCGUCCCCGACACCUCUGUCCUCUCUUUCUCCCCACUCACUGAAUUGCACACUUUUCAUUUACUACGAAUAAACAGUUUGCAAUACUGA